CGCAUAAGUAUUGUUUUGAGGGAAUCGUUUGUUUUUGUUUUUUGGGUUGGGACUUGGGACAAGGCACCAGAGUCAGUCAGACCCGGGAGUCGCGUUCUUUCAUCUUUGUUGCCUGCCCGGCUCCCCCUCCCUCUGAGAGAAAGAAUGGCGUGCAAUGAGGAGGAUUUUUGUAGUAAUCGUCUGGUUUUGAAACCGGAAGAAGCAGGGCUGGUCGAUCUCAUCUACCUUUUAUGGUCCUCUAACAUAGAGAAUAGAAGAUUUGUGGACUACUCGGAAGAAACGAGGAUAACAGAGUUCCGACGUCGGUGGCUCAUUUUCAUCUCUGUCCUUUUACAAAAAAUUCUGCUCUCAAUAGCUAAGCCCCUGUCUUGGGUUGGCUCGCUGUUUGAGAAAUGGCUUAACCUUUUGUCAAGCAACCGCGAUUUGGCCGUGCUCUUGCUAAAUCUAUUGAGAGGAAAUGUAGUGAUACCUGAUGAAACAUCAGCAACUUUUAAAUCAAGCGUGGCGUGUAUAGACUGGCGAGUGGAAUUGGAUAAAAGCAUCACACCUGAAAAUAAAAAAUACCAUGCAACACUAUCCAUAAUGGCUGCUAAACUGAUCUACGAAAAUGAAGCCUUCAUUGCAUCCAUAAUCAGAGAUCAUUGGAAGAUGGAGCUUCUGGGUUUCAACAAUUUCUGGAACUAUUAUCAGAAUGUGCCUUCAACACAGGCCUUGAUAUUGGAGGCUGACCCCAAGUUGAUGGUGGUAUCGUUUAGAGGCACGAGACCUUUUGACGCAGAGGCAUGGCGAACGGAUGUUGACAUGUCCUGGUAUGAACUCCCUAACGUGGGAAGGGUCCAUAGUGGCUUCAUGAAAGCUCUGGGUCUACAGCAAUCGGGUUGGCCCAGAGAGAUUGAGCAAGGGGAUGACCAACAACAUCCCUUUGCUUAUUAUGCCAUUAGAGAAAAGUUGCGGAAGCUACUGAAGAACAACCAUGGAGCAAAGUUCAUUGUGACAGGUCACAGCUUGGGUGGUGCUUUAGCCAUUCUGUUCCCGCUAGUACUGGCAUUGCACCAGGAAGACUGGAUGUUGAAGAGGUUGGAAGGAGUGUACACGUUUGGGCAGCCUAGGGUUGGGGAUAAGCAGCUUGGAGAGUUCAUGGAAACACAGCUGCGCUCUCAUGGUGUCAGGUAUCUAAGGUUUGUCUACAGCAAUGACAUGGUGCCUAGGUUGCCCUAUGAUGAUUCUACUCUCAUGUUCAAACACUUUGGAACCUGUAUCUACUUUAAUAGCUUCUACCAAGGCCAGAUUUUGCGGGAACAACCAAAUAAAAAUUACUUUUCGGUGUUGAUGGCGAUACCAAAAAUCAUAAAUGCAUUUUGGGAGCUGAUCAGAAGUUUCAUCAUUCAAUUCACAAAUGGGCCUGAUUAUAAGGAAGGCUGGUUUUUGAGAUUGUUUAGGGUAAUAGGAUUGGUAGUCCCAGGAUUACCGGCUCAUUUCACUCAAGAUUAUGUCAAUGCCACCAGAUUGGGAUCUUCCAGUUUAUAUGAUUACCUCUGUGAUCUCAAAGCUGAGUAAAACUAGAAAACCAUCCAUCUAUACUACCUAUAAAAGAGCAGAAUGUUCCUUUUUUCUGGAUUUUUCAAUGGACAUCUUUUAUCUUUUGUCUAAGUA